AUGUCGAAUGAGAAUGUAUCAGUAAAUGAUCUGCUUUCAGAUCUUAAUGAUGUCAACAACUUUGGUGACCUCAAGAAGAUGGCGCAGAAUCCUGUUGCACCUCUCCAAGAGACUUCUCUCGUCGCCCAGAAUAAAGCAAAUCGUAAGGCUGCUUUUGAGCAAGUCAAAUCAGAUGUCGAUGCAUGGGGUAUAGUCGCCUCUGAAGUUGAUAAACAAAGAACUAUCACAUUUGGCGAAUCAGAGAAAAAGAAAGUUCAAGAAUUUCAACCAGUCAAGUCAGAACUUGCAAGUACAGUCAACAACAUCCUUACAGAACAGAAAUUAACACGUGAAAGCCAACUCGCACUUGAAGACGAAGCAAUGUCCAAAUUAUCAGACAAAGAAAUCCGCGAGCGUGUUGAACAACUAGCACAUCUUAGAAGACUCCAGUUUUACAACGAAAUGAAAGCCCGUCGCUGGAAGAAAAUCAAAUCAAAAGCUUUCAGAAGAUUACAUAAGCGUGAAAUGGCCGAUAUUCCUCUUGAAGAACUUGCAGAAGUUGAUCCAGAGGCAUUCCAGGCCAAAAUAGCCAAAAUUGAAGCAGAUCGUGCCAAAGAAAGAGUUACAUUACGUCAUAAGAACACAUCUCAAUGGGUUCGUCGUGUUUUAGCACGUGGUCUUAAGGCAGCAUCAGCAGAUGUCCGUCAAAGCUACGAAGACCAGCUGAAACUCGGAGAAGAAUUAACCCGCAAAAUUGCCCUCAAAGCAGAAGCCGCCGGAGACGAAGAAGAGGAAGAUGAAGAGGUUAUACAGCAAGCCGCCAAGGAUUCCAACCUCAAACCACUCCUUGACAUGUCAUUUAUGAAAGAAGCCGCCCAAAAGAAAGAAAACGCGAUGGAAGACCUCGAAAAAGCCAUCAAAGACUUCGAUACAACACCUUCAUCAGGUAUCAUCAACGUCGCUUCGAAACCUGUCCAACAAUUACGUAAAAAAGGUGACAAGAAAGAUAACGAACAAAAAGUGACAGAAGAAAAAUCACAACCAGCAGAAAAACAAGAAAAAACAGAAGAAAAACAAGUUCAGAAGGAAGAAGUCACAGAAGAACCAAAGAAAGAUGAAGAAAAAGAAGAAGAAAAACCACAAACAAAAGUUCCAAAAGCAAAUCCAUGGUCGAGACACAACAAGAAACAGAAGAAGACAAUAAACGCCAAUUUCCAACAGCCAACGAAAGAAGAACUCGAAUCAAUGAACACAUCAGUUGAUUUCGCAAAGGAAGGACAAGAAGAAGAACUUGCGAAAAUGCUCGGAUACGAAGAUGAGUUCAAACGCGAGAAAGAAGAACAAGCAGCGAAAGAAGCAUCGAAAGAUGUUGCUUCAAUGGACGAAUUACACAUCGCUGGCUGGGGAAGCUGGACAGGAUUAGGAGCUGUUGAAUCAGAGAAGGCGAAGAAGAGAAGAGAGAACUUGGAGAAAGAAAGAAAAUCAAUCAUCGAAAAAGCCAUCAAAGAAAGAAAAGACGCGAAUUUGGACGGUGUCAUUUUGAAUGAAGAAAAUGAUACAGCGUCUAACAAAUACGCAAUCACAGAAGUACCAAGAGGAUACACAAAUGCAAAGCAGUUGGCUGCACAGUUGUCUUAUCCAAUUGGUCCUGAAUUCAACUCUGUAACAGGUUUCCAGAAAUUGAUUCAACCUGACAUGAAAACAGUCGCUGGUCAGGCAAUUGAACCAAUCUUCAUGACAAAGAUGAAUAAGAGAAAACAGAGAAUUGAUAAGAUGAAAGCAAAUAGAAAAGCUCUUGAAGCAAAGAAAUCUUUACAAUAA